GCCUGGGCGGGCGCGCGGCGCUAUGGCCGGCGGCUCCGCGGGCGCGCUGGCGAUGGCGCUGGGGGCGCUGGAUGGUGGCGGUGCAGCAGAUAAAAUUCAUUUAAUACCUCAAGAUUUUUUUGCAGAGCUGUGUGAACAAAUAAUUCAGCAUCUGAACCAUAAAAUCCCAGGUGUAAAUACAGCUGAAUUGUGUCAGAGAAUUCAAACAUCGGGCGUUGAGAUUAAUAUUGGUGACCUGGCAAAAAUAGCUAACAUUCUUUCAUUUCUAUUUAGCACAGCAGCGAGAAACAAUCUCUCUACAGAAGAGCUCAUCACCACGUUGGGCAGUGCCACCAGCACGCUGCCAAAACAUGCAGUUCAAGUUAUUCGUCACGUAUGGAAUGAGCAGGGCAAAGCCAUUGCUGUGUCAGAAGAUGGAAGAAAUAYAGUCACAGUGGGGCAGUUCGUAGAUAUGAAAUGGAAACUGGGAGUUGCGAUGAGCUCUGACACCUGCAGGUCUCUGAAGUACCCUUAYGUCACAGUGACACUAACAGUGGCAGACCCUUCAGGACAAAUAACAGACAAGUCUUUUGAAAUGACCAUCCCGCAGUUCAAGAACUUCUUCAGACAGUUCAAGGAAAUGGCAUCUGUUCUUGAAACAGUUUGAAGGGAACUUUUAUUUACAGUGACAUUUUGGAGAAGGAUCAAGUAAACUUUCCGUUCUGCAYAGGCAAUCAAGUGCCAUUGUUCAGCAAGGUAUGUAUCCUUGUCUUCUUKACAGGAAUUGGUCAGCAUCACCUUUGCAUUGCUGUGAAGAUUUCUUCGCUUUUGAUUACUUGAAGCCAACUCUGCAGUGUUUGUGAAAACAUUCCAGCUUUGCUCAUCCUGGUAGACAAAAGAUCAGGAUGUGCAUGGAGAAGCAUCUCUGUAGACUUCCUAAUACCCUCGAGUGAAAAACUACAUGUAAGAAGCUACACACUGAUCUCCRUAGUGCAGAAAGACACUUGAGAAUGUUGACUGGGAAGAUACUGAGAGAAGUGUAAAUCCCAUGUUAAUAUUUUUGUCUAAAAUUGAGAUGUGCUUGGACUGAACRGUAGAAUUACAUAUAAGGAGAAUAUGAAGUUACAUGUAACAAGCAUACAGCUACUCUUGAAGAAGAGCAUUGUCAGUUGGUUGCAGGUAUUUGCAGAUCUGGCUUCCAGUCUUUUAAUAGCUGGAGAAUGUAUUUGUCUUAACAGCUUGUUUAUUUCAAACACUUAUUUCUCGCCACCUAGGCUUACAAAGACUGAGUUAAUGCAUUAAGAUUUUUCCAGAUACCCAAAAUUUAUUCCCUCAAAUGAAGCCCAGAGGCUAAUUUUACAUUAAGGUAGAAAGGCAAAUUGAAUUCAGAAGUAUUCUGAUGUGUUUCUGCUUUUAAAUUUCAUCCAUUGUUAAUCUGUGGCAUUCUGCUUGAUGUUUUGGUCAGCAGUCUUCUUUCUAAUUAAAUUAGAAUAUUGAUGUAGUUGCCUCACUUCAACCUCUGAACUAGAAAAGUCAAGAGGAAACUUGAAAAUUCAGGCUGAGGUGGUAGCCAAGCACAUCAGAGAAAGGACCACACUAGAAGAUUUCUUUGCAUGUUGCAUUGUAACACGGGGCCGCUGGACUGUGUUCUGCUCUUCCCCUAAGAAGGUGUCCUAACCAACARAAUUUUGACUUUGAUAUUGAAGAGUGGGGGCAUUUCUAAAGGGGUGUGAUAAAUCCAAUGUGCUUGUAUGCUUUCUUCUUUGUUUUCUUCCUUGAAUUUUCCAUAAAACARAACACACUGCAAAUAUAGUGGGAUGUAAUAAAAGCAAUACUGUUAGAUCUCCAGAUGUGCUGGUGGUGUAGUAGAGAUAAUUCACACUGAUAAGCAGAUUGAAGCUUAUGCUUCAACUUCAGACUAGUAGAGACUGAGUACCAGCUUUGCUGGGACAGAUCCUCAAAUGAUUUCAGGCCUCUUUAAAAUGAGAACAUUUACCUUUGUAACCCAGAUCUUCUUUUAAAUUAACUUUUCUUAAAAGCUGGCUGAAAGCCAUUGAUACAGGUUAUGUCUGCCUUUUUGUGCUAUGAAAACAAACUGCAGCAGAUUCUGUGUGCUGCAUAUGCURCAAUCCUUUCAGAAAUGCCCCUAUUUAGGCAUUAUGCAUGAUGCAUAAAAACAGUACUUGAAAUUGAUUUGAAGCCCAAGUAACAAASGUGUUGGCUUUGACAAAAGUUUUCAGCCAGACCAUGGGUCUGGAUUGAUACUUGGUUUAUGCUGGUUGAAGUGUGAGGUAUUUGCUUUGUCUUUUGGUGAGUGGUCUUUUCUGGGACUCUCCCAGUGGUGUGUCACAAAAUGCUCUUGUGAGCAGACUUCCCAUUUGCCUCUUCCCUUGUCUGUCUGCAAGAGCUCAGGGCUGAACAUAGAGCAAACAAAUGUGUAUGGAAAAGUCAUUUGAGCAGCUGAUUUUUUUUAAUUGUUUUUUAAUUUGCACAAGUUGGAGUGUAAGGCUGCUGUAACUGGAAAACAUUGUCACACUUUGGCCGAGUGAAUUAACUGUUUUACAUCAAUGCAAGAGUUCCAGAAAAAAAUAAGGUCUUUUUUUUUGUUGUUUUUUCUUUUUUUUAAGUAAAGCUGGAGCCUCACAAAUACUUCCUAUGUGUUCUAAUGCAUAUAAAUUCUUCAUAUAGCUGGAAAUACUUGUGCCUUCAUUGGAACUGGAUGGAAAAGAAUAAUUAAUUAAUCAUGUCUUAACAAUUCAGUAGAUGUUGGAAGGUAUUGAAUUUUCAGUACCGGUUACCRUUUUCAUUUGCUCCAUCAGCAAGAGGAGAAGGUUGUCAGCCUUUGUAAAGRCUUUCAUUUUGUCCAGUCAGAUAUUCUAGAAGUAUUGAUGAGUAUUUUUUUUAAAUGUCCAUGAACUCCAGCGUGUUGUAAUUCUUGCUGGAAGAUGCUUGGACAUGUAUGCUAUACCAAUUUACAAUUGAGAAUUUUCAGAGGAGUUAUGAUUURAAGUUGGCUAUGUACUCAAACUGUUGAAAUGUGUCCUGAUCACUAUCAGCAGGAAUUCCUCUACUGAGUAAUGGAAGAAUUAAGUACUUUUUUGAAAGGAAACCAAACUAAAAACUACAGUUUUCAGGGUAGCAAUACUAAUACGUCCAAACACACUGGUAAUUUGUUUGUCUAUAUGUGCAGAAACCAGAUCUUUUCAAAGAGAAUCAGGAAUCCUUGUGUGUUUCUAAUUCUAAUUGUUGAGUAAUAGAAAUUGUAUAACAUGAAUAUUUUUCUAAGUCCACAGACAGUCAUUAAACAUGUAGAUAAUGAAGACAAAACUGGUCUGUGUUUUGUUUUAAGCCUACUGCAUGCAAGUCUGUCUUGUAAAUACUAUAAUGAGUAAAGUUCAAGACUAGACAAUGACUAAAUUUCUUUCCAUAUUAAAUUAGGUUGAAGUUCAGACAUAUGCUGUCUUUCUCUGUGAUGGGGUACCAAGGAGUUAAUGGGUAACUGGAAGGACUCUURUAUCAAUUAGUUAAAGCUAAACACAAUGUUGUGUUGAACCAGGAAAAGACAAAGGACAUAUGAGAUUAAUGAAAUUUUGCAGGAAAUUUUAUUCAAAUUAUUUUCUUUCCUUAACUGCAUUUAGGAGACAAGUAAAGGUUUUAUUUUUUUCAAUGUUUGCCUAGAAUAGAGCAGGAGGAAGGAAGGGGGGUGGGGUCUUGCACAGUCAGCAAAUCCAGGGGAGGGAAUAAUGAAGGAAUGUCCUAGCCUGUUGUCUUCAUCACAUGACUUUUACUUUUCUUAUAAAUUUCAAACACACCAGCCCACUUGCAGAAUGCUGUUUUGUAGAAAGCUCCACAGAACGAGUGUAGAAAUGGCUCGAGUAUGUCUGUGCUGGUGUUUUAUAUAUUUWGCUCCUGCACACUUUGGCCAAGUGAAAGCAUGUCUCUGUUCCUGCUUCUAUAAACUUGUUCUGCCUUUCUUUAACCACAUUUUGAAGAUAUGUGACCUUCUUGUUCAUCGUGAGCCCACCUUUCCCCUUUUUAAGCCUUUGCACUCUAUUUGCACACUUGAAAACACAUUGCCUUGGACCAAUUAAAAACAAAGGUGGAGAGAUGAUAAACUGGGGGAAGAGUGUUUCUUUUUCCUACUUGCCCUGGUUGAAUGUUUUAUUACCAUCUUAGCUGUAGGUAUAAUGAGAGGGUAAUUUCCACUCCUUUGCAGAGGCAUGCAUUGUGGUUCUGCUAAGACCUUGUGGGUACUAAAAUAACACAAAAAUGUGUCUUGAGUCAUUUGAUCUGCCUGCAGAAAAAAAUGUGCUGCAUCUCUGAAGAACCUCUAGUAAUGGCUGGGGGGUGUGGGGGGGAAACACUUGAAACUGAGCAGCCUCUAUCCAAGAUUUGUUGAUAGUGGUAGGGUUCCUUUCCCAGCCAGAUUUUUAGUARUUACAUAUCUGUUGGUUGGGCUGAUAACUUGCUGGGGCAUUCGCAUCUUUAGGAAGCUGGAGUUGGUGCAGGUCAGUACCUGACCUGAGUGCUUGACCUCAGCUUCCAUGGCAUGCUGUUGCAGUCCUUCCUUCCUGAGGCUCAGCCAGCUCCUAACUGGAUUUGUUUGUGACUGAGGAAUUUUUGCCA